AUGUCUGAGUCUAAACGCCCGUCCGUGACCCUCACCCAAGGCAAAUUGAUUGGAACCCACCUUGAAGAAACAGCCCCGCAGUCCGUCGAAGGUUUUCUUGGAGUUCGAUAUGCCCUCCCUCCCAUCGGAGGAAGACGAUUCAAGCCUGCAGAGAAGAUCAUUCCCUCCAAUGACACGAUCGAUGCCUCUAAGUACGGAUUCGCGCCGCCCGGCAAGGCCCUGAUAGUCAGCGGUCCAAAGCUAGAGCAAAGCGAAGACUGUUUGACGGUCAAUGUUUUUCGACCUGCUGGGACUACCGAGUCUGAUAAGUUACCUGUGGCAAUAUACAUAUACGGCGGAGCUUAUAAUCGUGGCUCAGCGACGGGACACAAUACUGCAUCUAUGCUGGCUUGGUCCGAGGAACCGUUUAUUGCUGUGAGCUUCGGGUAUCGUAUUGGCGCUUUGGGAUUCCUGCCAUCCAGUUUGUCGAAGAAAGAGGGAAUCCUCAACCUAGGUCUUCGGGAUCAAAUCAUUCUGUUUGAAUGGGUACAGGAGAAUAUUGCGAAAUUUGGUGGUGAUUCUGGCAAUGUCACUCUGUUCGGUCUAUCAGCGGGUGCACACUCGAUCGGGCAUCAUAUCCUGAACUACAAGCCCGACUCACCACAACUCUUCCAUCGUGCGAUUCUGGAAUCCGGUUCCCCGACAUCACGCGCCGUUCGUCCCUACAAUGCGAAAGUCCACGAAGAGCAAUUCCAAGACUUCCUCAAAGAAGUCGGUUGCCCGUCAGACCUACAUGAAAAUGAGAUUUUCUCAUUCCUUCGAUCCCUCCCAAGCUCGAUAAUCAUAGAUGCGCAAACGACUGUAUUCGACAAGUCGAACCCGUCUCUUCGGUGGGCAUUCCAACCCGUAAUUGACGGGGAUGUAAUUGCUCGAAAGCCACUAGAAGCCUGGAACUCCGAGCUGUGGAACAAGGUUCCAAUAAUGACCGGAUACAACAGCAACGAGGGCACCAUGUACGUGGAUAAGCAAAUGUCCGACCCAGCCCAGUUCCGCAAUUUCUGGAAGAACCUCGUACCCGAGCUAUCAGAAGCCGAUCUGGAUAGAAUCGAUCAUCUUUAUUCUGACCCGAGCUCGAGCCACGAGUCUCAAUACCUGGAAACCAGAAAGGGUCAAGGUCUUGGCUCACAAUAUAAGCGCAUCGAAGCGGCGUAUGGUCACUAUGCCUAUGUUGCUCCGGUACGACAAACAGCCAGUUUUGCCUCACAGCAAGGCGUCCCAGUAUACUUGUAUAAUUGGGCUUUACCCCGAACUGUAAUUGGACGAGCAAACCAUGGCGAUAACAUGUUUUAUGAAACAUUUAACAGCGACAUUACUGGGUUAUCGGAGUCUCAGAAAGAGUUGUCGGGUACGCUUCAUGCCUAUUUGACUAGCUUCAUUACGAAGGGUGAUCCAAAUGCCAUUUCAGGACGAUAUGCUCAGCGACCGCAAUGGAAAAAAUAUGCGCCAAAUUCUGCAAAUGUGAUGAAGUUUGGAGUAGACAAUGAGGAACUUAUCGGUGGCUCUUUUGGCCCUCCUGCGAAACUUGCUGAGGAUGAUUGGGCGAAGGAAGAAACGGAAUUUUGGUGGUCAAAAGUGCCAAUUUCGCAGCUAGCGUAG